UGGGUCGGAAUUGCCCGAUGCCGAAAUGAGUCCCGGGGAUUAUAGGCAAAAAUUUCCCCCCUGUGAGGUCCCCGGGUACGACUGGGUUGAUGGUGAAGUGGCGGCCUACUUCUCCCGUUUUCAUGAGAGGGCCGCCGUGAUACGCCUUCUUAGCCUUUGCACGUUGGGCCGAUGGGAAGGUUGGGACCCUUAUCCGAUCAUGCUUCGACGAUGCCGAGCCGAAGGACCUGGGGAGCUCGAUCUGGUUUUCCUUGCGAAGCGGGAAGAGCAGGGGGAUUUCUUUUACAUGUACGAGUGUUUCUUUCGGGAGUUAGGGAUGUCGCUUCCUUUUGAUGAUUUUCAGAUGGGGGUCCUUCGUGUAUUAAACGUAGCUCCGACCCAGUUGCACCCGAACGCGUGGGCUUAUAUGCAAGCGUUUCGGGUGUUAUGUAAAUACCAUUACGUAGAGCCGACUGUAGGUUUGUUUUUGCAUUUCUUCUGUACACGUCCGUCUAAUAAGACGAUUAAGUGGUUGUCGCUAAUUCGGAACCCCGACCGACCACUGUUGACACCCUUUACGUCUUCCUUUAAGGGCUUCAAGUCAGGGUUUGUGAAGGUAAUCAUAGACCCUGUAGCCGGCAGAAAUUAUUUUUACGAUGCCGAUGGGAAGCCCCUUUUUCCUUUUUAUUGGACUCAUCAGCCUCGGAAGUACGAUGACUUCCCCGAGGAUAUGAUGACCGAUGCCGAAUUGUCGGCCUUAAGCGUUCUUAAGGGAUUGCCGAGGUGCAUCCCGUCUCGGUUUCUGGUGCUGCUUCCCAAAUCGCCUCGGCCUCGUUUUGAGUUAGAGGGUUGGAUGGCGCAGCAAGGUUUGGGCUUGUCAUACCGGCAGUUAAUGAGGAGCAGGGCUCCGGCUGGGUCCUCUGCUGAAGAUCAUCGCAGUGUCGCGAUUGAUUCCCAACCGCAAGUGAUGGAAGCUCCCCAACCGGCGCCCCCUGUUAUUGCUCUUCCCGACCCAAAAAGCAAGAGGAGGAAAGACAAAGGGAAGAGAAGAACUGACGCAGCCGGUCCGGAGGCGCCACGGCCGAAGCAGCGCAGGGUUGAAGGGUCUUCGUCGGACUUGGCGGUCCCUUCGGCCAUUGUGGCCAAAGACUUUCUGUCUGAAGAGAUCCGGCCGUCGAGGAUGAUGUCUUCGGAUUUGCUGUCGGCUCAGGGUCACACGAUGCUUGACUCGGCCUCUCCCUCGGCACGAUGGGCUAUGGCCUGUGAGUUACAUGUUCGGGCAACGGCCAUUUUUAGGAAGAUGGCCUUGGAGCCGAUGGGUGAUCUUCAUAACCUCCAGAAGAGUUUGGAGGAUACUAAGGCGGCCCUUCAACAGUCCCUGUCGGCACAAGAGGCGCUUUCCAACGACCAGGCCGCGUCCGAUGCUGAGAUUGCCCGCUUAAAGGGGGCGUUCGCGGAGAUGGAGGCUCGGGCCUUGGCGGCUGAGGAGGCAAGAGUCCGAGAGGCGAAAGAGGCCGCUGCUCGGGAGGAGGAAAUGAAAGCCGAGGCCGAUACUGUUAUGGCCGCUUUUCGGGCCGAAUGUGAGGAUAAAAUUGUGAAGGAGCACGAGGAGGGGUUUUGGCACGCCGUUCGGCAGGCAACCCACUUCGGCGCUUUUCCCUCCGACUUUUCUUUUGAGUUGAGCAAGGACUUUUUCCAGGGAGAGUUCCUGGAUUUUGCCGAGGCGCCGGAUGACCUUGAGCCGGAUAAUGCGGCCCCGCCUCGAUCGGCCUCCGCCGAAGACCCUGGGACGACUUUGAACAGCGAGGACGACGAGACCGAGCAGACAACCAAUGCCGAUUAG